AUGAAAUCUCAAUUAACAAUUUAUGCAGCAUUAUUUCUGUUUAUCUUAACUUUUACUCAAUUUAAUGCUAUAACAUUUGCCAUUGAUCCCAUUGAUCCUUGUCUUGAAUUAACCGAUGAUUAUAACUCAUAUAAACUUUCCGAUUGUCCCAAGAACAAAAGAAACAAAAGAGACGCUCAUAACAAGCGUCAGUCAGAUCAGUCAGGCAUCUUUCGAGUAGAGCUUAUUUGUAGUAAAUAUUCUGUUAAAAAUAACUGUAGUAAAAUUAAAGAUGCCUUUCUCACCGCCGGAAGAGAACUAUCUAAAGUGCUAACAUUAAACCCGGAAGAACCGAUUAAUGUAUUAGUUCAGUAUAAAAAAUUGGAUCGAAUAAAAACUUUAGACAAAAAAACUAGACUUUAUCCUCAAGCUCUUGUAAAACAAUUUGAUUUGGAAUAUCAUUCUGAAUAUGCAAAAUACGAUAUUGUUUCAAAAGUUAAUUCAGAUAUUAAUUGGUGGUUUAAAGGUGAUGGCCAAAUUAAACCUAAUCAAUAUGACCUUGUCCUUGUAGCCUUGCACGACUUAAUACAUGGACUUGGUUUUAAAUCAAGUUGGACGAGUAAUGCUGAAGGUUAUAUUUCUGACGCAACUGGUCUUGCUCCAAUUUGGUAUCAUUAUAAUUACCGUUGGUCAUAUAAUUUUGCUGGAUUUUUUGAAACUAUUUUUGAUAGAAAUGUUUAUUUCUUAACGAAAACUACGAAGGUUACGAAGGCAAAUUCAUAUUCUUACGUGUCAAAGUUUAAUUCUACUAAACCUUUUACUAGCAAAAAAACAUUAAUUGCUUCUAAAGAAUGGGCGAUUGCAAAAUAUAUUAUCGGAGAAGCAACUACUAAAGAUAGUAUCAUUUUUGAUCCAUCAAAACAUACGGGGGUGAAGGGUCCUAUCUACUUAGAAACAAGUAUUAAACCAUUUGUUGAAGGAGUUAACAUAAUUAACCUUAGUCAAAUGGAUAAAAAUUCUGCAGAUUUUUUAAUGACAUAUCCGUUCAUUAAAGGGUCUACGCUCGAGAAUAUUGUUAAAAACGGAAAAUACAAAUCACCUAUUGGACCAAAAACUAUUGCUAUACUUGAAUCAAUGGGAUAUUCAACACCCAAACAUCCAUAUCCCACUUUACCCUCAUUUACUUUUUCAUAUAAAUAUCUCAACAAUUAUCAAUGUUACG